CUCCGUUCACCGCGCGAGGCAGCGGCAGCAGCAGCUUCCCCCCCCCCAAAGCCAGCCAGCCAAAUUCCCCUACCCACACAACUCCACUCCCCAGUAAGCUUCGCCUCCUCCUCUGCUCCAAUAAUUCCUUCUACUCACAUAUAUCGAAAUCAAAUCGAAUCGAAUCCUCUCGUCCUCCCACUACUACUGCUGCUAAUCUUAUACUACUGUUUACCUCUCGCAUCAUGCCGCGCUUUUCAAUUUCCCUAGGUUUUUUCCGGGUCAAAGGGUUAGGGUUUUGGGAUGUCGGAUCGGCAGCCGUCGGAGGAACCGGAGGAGCAGGUGGACCUGGAGGGAGACGACGACGUCAUGGACGACGAGGAAGGGUACCGCCGCCGCCGCCACGGUGGUGAGGACUCUGAUGAGCCGGAGGACGAGCCCGAGGAGCCUCAAAUCGAGGUGGAGGGCGAUGGCGACGGAGAUGGCCGGGAGGAGGACGCCGGUAUGGCGGUUGCCAGUGACGAACCUGCCGCGGCAAGUGGUGACGAGAUGGAGAAGGGUGAUGAGCCUGAGGACGAAGAAGAGAAGAUGAAGUGGGAGGAGCUCCUCGCACUACCCCCGCAGGGCUCGGAGGUAUUCGUCGGGGGCCUCCCCCGAGACACCACCGAGGAGGACCUCCGCGAGCUAUGCGAGCCAUUGGGCGAAAUCUUUGAGGUGAGGUUGAUGAAGGAUAAGGAAACAAAGGAAAACAAAGGAUUUGCCUUUGUCACAUUUACUGCCAAGGACGUGGCGCAGCGUGCUAUCGAAGAACUGCAUGACAAGGACCACAAGGGGAGAACACUGCGAUGCUCAUUGUCCCAGGCCAAGCACAGGUUAUUUGUUGGCAAUGUACCCAAAGGGUUGAGUGAGGAUGAGCUGACGAGCAUAAUCAAAGGGAAGGGGCCAGGGGUCGUGAAUAUUGAGAUGUUCAAGGAUUUGCAUGACCCAAGCCGUAACCGUGGGUUCCUCUUCGUUGAGUACUAUAACCAUGCUUGCGCAGAUUAUGCCAGGCAGAAAUUGUCAUCACCAGACUUUAAGGUUGAUGGAAGCCAGUUGACUGUUAGCUGGGCUGAACCUAAGGGUUCAUCAUCGUCAUCAUCAGAUUCUUCUUCAUCUGCUGCUCAGGUGAAGACUAUAUAUGUGAAGAACCUGCCGGAGAAUGUUUCUAAAGAGAAAGUUAAGGAUCUCUUUGAAGUUCAUGGAGAGGUCACAAAAAUUGUUUUACCGCCUGCUAAGGCCGGGCAUAAGAGGGAUUUUGGGUUUGUUCACUUUGCUGAAAGAUCAAGUGCACUGAAGGCAGUUAAAGGAAGUGAAAAAUACGAAAUCGAUGGGCAAGUGCUUGAAGUUUCCAUGGCCAAACCUUUGAGUGAUAAGAAACCUGACCACUCGUUCAAGCCUGGUGGAGCUCCCAGCUAUCCUCUUCCACCUUAUGGUGGCUACAUGGGAGACCCAUAUGGUGCCUAUGGUGGCGGCCCUGGAUUCAACCAGCCUAUGAUCUAUGGUAGAGGACCAGCACCAGCUGGAAUGAGGAUGGUGCCGAUGGUGCUCCCUGAUGGUCGCCUUGGCUAUGUUCUGCAACAACCUGGUGGAAUGCCGCCUCCACCCCCUCCGCGACGUGGUGACCGGCGGGAUGGCGGUGGCCGAGGUGGCGAAGGAAGCCAGCGGCGUUAUCGGCCCUACUAGUUUGUCCCUUGCCUUGCAUUUUUCGUCGUGCUAGGUGAUGGAUUUGUUAACUUUGAUGGAGUGCGUUUAGGAGCGUGUGUUGUUUUUGCCCUGUAAGACUUCUAUAGCCUUAGACUUGGUACUCUUCUGUUUUGUUAUUUGAUAAACACCCGAGACGUGUACUGUUGCGCCGUCCUUUUCAAUAACUUGUGUAUCAUGCA